AUGAGGCUCUGGGUAAAGACAUGCGUGAGCCCCUCGACGAGCCUCUGCCGCUCCCCCCGCAUGGGCGCCCUGUGGUGGGACGAUCUCUGCAUCUUCCUCAGCCUGCUCGCCCUCGGGGUCGGGGCCGCCGUGGACGUCGUCGCCAUGGCGCCGCUGUUCGGCCAGGACAUGUGGUCCCUCGGGGAGAGCGACCUCGGCAGCUUCUUCUUCUGGGAGACCAUCCUCCUGAUGCUGCUGUACUUCCUCCAGGCGACCCUCAUCAGGGCCUCGUUCAUCUUCUUCUUCAUGCGCGUCUUCGGAGUCACGACGACGCCGGACGGGGGCUCGUUCAUGGGCGUGACGUUUCGGGCCCUCCUCCUCGGCACCCACGUCACCAACACCAUGGCCGGCGUCGCGCUGGCCGGGGUGUACCUCGGGCAGUGCCAACCCGUGUCCUACGCCUGGACCAAGUGGGAGGCCGACAGCCCGGGGACGUGUGCCCUCGACCCGCUGACCGUCUUCACCGUCACGGCCGCCGUCAGCACCGUGCUGGACACGUGGCUGAUCUUCCUUCCGCUCUCUCAGCUGCCCAGGAUGCGGCCCUCGCUCGGGAGAAAGCUGGGGGUUGCCUUGAUGGUCUGCCUCGGCGGCACGGCGGCCCUGAUCAACCUCGGCCGCCUGGUCUCGCUGGACGGGCUCGGCAGGGGGCGGGCGGCAAGGGGCCUGGGCGCCGGCUACAGCUACUACAGCGCCGCCAUGUGGACGGAGCUCGAGACGGUGUCGGGCAUGGUCUGCGCCUGUCUCCCGGCCGCGCGCGUCUUUGUCCUUUGGGUAUGGACGCGGUGCCGGAGGCUCGUCCACGGCGGGGGCGAAUCUGAGAGCAUUAACCCAUACCUGCGUGGAUCCAAGGGAGCUCGUGGCAGAAACAAGCCCAGGGCCGGGUCGUCGCCAUCCACAUCCUCCUACACGGAUCUGGUGCGGUCUGACCACGAGCUCUCCGAUAUCUCGACGUCAUGGCUGGAAGACCCGAUCAAGCCGGAGGACAACGUCAGCUUUGGCGAGAUUCAAAAUGCUGAUAGUGAGGGUACAACGCGGUUCGUGGUCAGAAAGCAUGCAGACGGGAAGUGGAGGAUCGCGAAGGAUGCAUAGCCGGAGAAGACGGAUAACAAGCCAUGCCAGUUCAGGCCGCAACGCUCUCUGCAGGCUUGGUGUGAUUAGUGUCGCAGAGUCUGGUC